AUGACUGACGUAACUCAGCUGUCCGAUGAAUUUCUUCUACAGAGUUCUUUAAAGAAUGAGUCAGUUGUUGACGUAUCGAAAGGUAAAAAGCUAGUAGUGCUUCCUGAUCUUCAACAAGGUAGCUACACUUCGGGAACGGUUACGUAUGACGCGACUGCAACUGCUGGUUCUCAGGGUUAUGCUUCGCUUAAGGAUGCUUACAUUACGGUACCUCUCAGUCUGGAAAUGAACGGACAGACUGUUCUAGCGGAUGGUGAAUACCGCAUGUUCUGGAAUAAUCUACGGGCUCAGACGGAGCGUUCGCAAAAUGAUAUUACGAAGCAUGGUGCCGAUGCGUAUCUAUACCCUGACGACUGGUAUUCUAUUAACUUUAGUGCUAGCGCGUCUGGUGCUGGUGAUAGCUACUCAAACAAUCAGGUUGAUAAUGCUGCUAAUCUGGAUACUACGCUAGCUCAAUCACAGGAAAACAGAGCAUUUAAUAAUGGUUUGUUCAAUCGUCUAUGUUCGAUGCUACCAACAGUAGAUUCUACUGAUGCCGUUCCUUCUUGGAGUUGGCCAUCCUUAGGUACUACCGCUACUCGUAACAUCGUUCAGCAAAACGCCAAGGGGUGUUUCAAAGAGUCCGAUACCACUAUAAUUUCUGCUACUAAAGUACUAGGUCGCUGGAUCUACAUGCUUAAGAUUCGCCUUGUUGAUCUUCACCCAAUUUUCAAGGAACUUAACCUUGUAUCCAAUCCUCAAUUCAAACUACGUAUACGCUUUAACACUGGUACGGUUAAGGUAUCUGGUACGGCUACUACAAUGCAGCUUGAUUCUGUAACAAUGACUAGCGGACAGACUUGCCCUAUCAUGGUUUCUAGUGCAGCAGCAAAUCAACCUAUGAAUGGUGUGUUAUCUACAGGAGCUCAGGUUGGUUUCGGUGUUCUUCAGAAUGAGUACACGUCAGUGGCUGAGGUUGGUAAUUAUGUUCCAUAUACAACUACACGACUAAACAUUCCUUUCUAUGAACUACGCAAUCCUAGCUCUAUUAUCAACAAGCCUAUUAAACACAUUCGCUUUAAUGAUGUAUACGCACAAUAUUUCACAAAACGCGCUGGUGAAACCCCUGAUACUAUCACUGGUCAGCUAAAUGUUGACUUCAACUUCCAACUAUCCGGUACUUUCAAGAAUAUCAAGUAUGUUGCACUGCUACCAUUUGCUGAAACUUCAAAAAGCCAUUUUGCGAGUGCUCAUGGAACACAACAGUUCCAAUCUCCUUUCGAUAGCGCUCCAUGGACUGUUAUGCCUGGGGCUUCCAUCCGUAAUUUCCAAGUAACGAUUGGCAACUCAAACGUGUUUUCUAAGACACAUGAGUACGACUAUGAAAAUUUCCAAGACGAAUUUUCUAAGCUAGCUGCCGUUAAUGGUGAUCACACACGUGAAAUUUCUAAUGGUUUAAUCGACGCUAAUAAGUGGGCAUACGCGCACAGAGUUAUGGUUGCUGAUUGCCCACGCAUUUCUGAGAAGGAUGUCCCCCAAAGCAUCCAAGUGUCUGGAAUUAAUGGUAAUGCUACUGGUAUGAAUAUCUUGGUGCUUGUCGUAUACGAACGUUCGAUGGAUCUUGAUCGUCUAACUGGUGAAGUAAGCAACCUUUAA